AUGUGUUCCUUUCCGUCCCUGCAGUAUGCCACCACGGGCUGUUCCCUGACCCUGCACCAUACGGAGAAGCCAGAACACGAAGACAUCUGUGAAUACCGUCCCUACUCCUGCCCUUGUCCCGGUGCUUCCUGCAAGUGGCAGGGGUCCCUGGAAGCCGUGAUGUCCCACCUCAUGCACGCCCACAAGAGCAUUACCACCCUUCAGGGAGAAGACAUUGUCUUUCUAGCUACAGACAUUAACCUGCCGGGGGCCGUCGACUGGGUGAUGAUGCAGUCGUGCUUUGGCCAUCACUUCAUGCUGGUGCUGGAGAAACAAGAGAAGUAUGAAGGCCACCAGCAGUUUUUCGCCAUCGUCCUGCUCAUUGGUACCCGCAAGCAAGCCGAGAACUUUGCCUACAGACUGGAA